GGUUGGCGAUUAAGGUAGAGAGUUACUGAUUCGUUUUGGCUCAGAGAGGUAAAUGCUGAAGAGAAACCAGAGUUGUUUUGUGUUUCGUUCUUCCAAGGAGCGUGGAGAUGGGGAGGGUUAACGGAACCCUGCACCUUGGGUUUCCAAGGUUUGGUUUUGAAACUGACAGGUCUUGGUCCUGUGCGUCUCUGAUUCUGGAGGGCCGGGCACCCAAAGCCGACCCCAUUCCUCGGCUUCAAGUUUACUGUGGUCUUACCUUUGACAAUUCAUGUGCUGAGCUCUCUUGGUCUUGGAGGGCAAGCUCAGAUGUAAAGUUUGAGGCUCUUCCCGGAGCCGCUGGUUCUCUGGGUGUCCCCACUGUGCACACGGGGCUGUGAAAGAAGCUUAAUUGCAUAUUUUUCGGCAUACCCAGGGGCAACUUUACAUAUUCUUUGUGCUGUAACUGGGUUCAUACUGGGCUAGGCAUUCACACUGGGGCUCCUGGAGUAUCAGUGGCUCACCGAAAUAAUGAAAAGAGGGAGUCAGAAGGAAGGUGCUGAGGUUGAAGUGGAGGAGAGGAAGGUAAGACUGGAAAGCCGAGUUGGUCGGUCUCAAGUACAGUGAGUUUUAAGGUCAUAGUAUUACCCUUAGGUCCAUACUGAGCUGUUUGGACUUUCCUACAAUCAGGUUGGGAUAAAUGAUUUUAAGUUGAGCCGUGACAGACUCAGACUUGUUUUAUACUAGCGGUACUUUGGCUGCAAUACGGAGUGGGGAUCGGAUGGAAAGAGGUGGGAUUUGAGAUGCUUCCCAAGAAUUGUCCACAGAAUUUGGACAGGAGGAAGUGGGAAGUGAAAGUUUAGAGAACCACUCGAAUUUUCUAGUAUGUGUAUUUGGAAGGAUGAAGAUGCCAAAAUCUAGGUGAGAUACAAGAAAGAGGAGCAGGUUAUGUUUGUAGCGAGAACAAUGGAGACCAUCAUUGAGGGCAAAUUAACUUGCAAGAAUCACCCCCAGGGUUUUGUGUAUAAGACAAAGUAAAUUGUUUUUGAAAGUCCUGGAUAGCUCACCUCUGCUUUUUUUUUUUUUUUAAUCAGUUUUCUUUUGCCAGGUUUUGCAUAGUCAGAAUUUCAACCACCAGCCUAUCUGCUUGUCCCAUUGAAAUGUUGGCUGCUGAGAUCAGGAUCAGAGCAGAUUUGAAGGCUUCUUAUUUUUACUUUUAUAAUUGAGAGAGAGAGAAAAAAACAAAACAAAACAGGCCAAAAAAGUUUUUCUAGAUCUCACAGGCAGAUGGAAAUUUUCAUUAAAAACAUCUCAUUCAAGGAUUAUAGCGUACCAGGUUCUACCAGUUUCUUUUGAGAAUAGUGCAGAAUAAUACAAGAUGGGCUCCAUAGUUUCUAUAAAAUUAGCACCAAACAAAUAGUAGUUAAAACGUAUUGUGUGUUCAGGUGCUAAGCAUUUUAUAUGUAUUUAAUUCUUAGAACAAACCAAUUUUACAAAUUUCUGAACCUAGAUCUGCUGUUGUAAAGCCCAUGCUUUUGGCCACUCUGGAACCAUAAGCAGUUGGACCCUUUUCUGUCUAGUUUGUUGCCUUUUGGUUCAUUGAAAAAUCCUUAGUGAUAUUGACAUGUUUCAAGUGACAUAAAUUAGCCAAUGACUCGGAAUGAUGGAUUCCCCGAAGAUUGGAAAUGGUUUGCCAGUGAUUGGACCAGGGACUGAUAUAGGGAUAUCUUCACUCCACAUGGUGGGGUAUUUGGGAAAAAAUUAUGAUUCAGCUAAAGUCCCGUCAGAUGGGUAUUGUCCUGCUUGUAGAGAGAAGGGAAAGUUAAAAGCCUUAAAGACUUACCGAAUUAGUUUUCAAGAAUCUGUCUUUUUGUGUGAGGAUCUGCAGUGCAUCUACCCUUUGGGCUCUAAAUCACUUAAUAACUUAAUUUCCCCUGAUUUGGAAGAUUAUCACACUCCAAAUAAGUCUCAAAAAAGAAAGUUCUUGGAAACCAGCUAUAAAGAUUCACCUCUUUUAGCAAAUGCCAAAAAGACUAAAAAUCACACUGUUACUGAGGGUGAGCAAGGUUUGAACAGCAAACGCGAUGGAGAAGAGUAUGGUGAAACCUCGUCAAGCUUACCUGAUUCACCACACAGUGGACCACAGCACCCAGACAGGACAGUUGGUUCCUUGGAACAGAAUGAGAGUUUGGAGGCUGAUGUUAUUGACAUGGCUGCUGAAGAAGCUCCUACUACAGUUGAUGUUUCUGGAACUGGAGGGAUUUCCCCUCACAAUGAAGGAUGCACACCUGAACUGGAAAUGCUGUUGGAGAGCAAAUGUACGUCACUUUGCCAGUCUUCCUACGUCCAAUGGAAAAAUGCUAAUGCUCUCUGUUGGUUAGACUGUAUUCUGUCAGCACUGGUGCACUUGGAAGGGUUAAAGAACACUGUGACUGACCUGUGUUCUAAUGAGGAAUCUGUGUUCUGGCGGUUGUUUACAAAGUAUAAUCAAGCAAGCAAGCUUCUGCACACCAGUCAAUUGGAAGGAGUUAAAGAUGGAGAUUGUAAAAAGCUUCCUUCAGAAGUAUUUGCAAAGAUAGAGACCUGUCUGAAUGAAGUCAGAGAUGAAAUUUUCAUUAGGCUUCAGCCUCAGCUUAGAUGCACAUUAGGUGAUAUGGAAAGCCCAGUGUUUGCCCUUCCCCUGCUCUUAAAAAUGGAACCCCUCAUUGAAAAGCUUUUCAUGUAUUCUUUCUCUUGGAAUUUUGAAUGCUCGCAGUGUGGGCACAAGUAUCAAAGCAGAUACAUGAAGAAUCUGGUCACCUUUACAAAUGUCAUCCCUGAGUGGCACCCACUUAAUGCUGCCCAUUUUGGUCCAUGUAACAAUUGCAGGAAUAAGUCACAGAUAAGAAAAAUGGUAUUGGAAAAAGUAUCUCCCAUAUUCAUGUUGCACUUUGUGGAAGGCUUGCCACGAAAUGACUUGCAGCACUAUUCAUUCCAUUUUGAAGGCUGUCUUUAUCAAAUAACUUCUGUAAUUCAGUACCAAGCAAAUAAUCAUUUUAUAACAUGGAUUUUAGAUGCUGACGGAACUUGGCUGGAAUGUGAUGACCUAAAAGGCCUAUGUUCUGAAAGUCGUGAGAAAUUUGAAGUUCUUGCUUCAGAGAUCCAUAUUGUUAUUUGGGAAAGAAGAACAUCUGAGAUGACAGAUAAAACAUCUGCCUGCCUUCCACUUAAAAAGACUAGUGAUGAGCAUGCUUUUGGUGAUGAGGAACAAGCCUCUCCAGCGUGGUGUUCUGUGGGUGAUGCUGCCUCCGCCGAGCUGUCCUCAGGAACUCUCCCCACCAGUGUGUCAUUUGCUCCUAAUACUCUUUCGCAGGGUCAGGCUGUAGCUCACGGACAUCAUUUACUUUCCGGUCCAGAAGGUUUGGGGGACGACAAUAUUUUAUCUUUGACACUUGAAGAAAUACAGGUUAACUCUGAAAGUUUCCCGUUUGAAAAUAAACCUGUGGCAGAGAAUGCAGGAGUUGGCAAAACAGAGGCUUUGCAAUCACGAGAGUCACUACUGGCUUCUUUAGUAUCCGCUCCAUGUGUUGGAAACCUGACUCAAGACCAAUUCAUGGAUUUAAAGCUUCCGUCUCAAACUGUAAAUGCAAGCGUGCGAUUUGCACCGCCGAAUGCCGAAGACACGGGGAUUGCUGCACCUGUGAAUAAUAUCCCCGCUACUGAUCCUGUACACGGUGGGCAGCCGGAAGUUGAGGGCACAGUGGCCCACGAGAAGGACACUCCAUUGACACGGUUUCCUUCACCAAAGACUGAGAAAUUAAAACCCGAACAACAGGUUACAUCUCAGGUAUCUAAUUUGAAGAAAAACGAAACGGCAGCAUUUUCUAAACCUGUAACAGCAAAGCCACUGCAGAAUCCAUCUCUGAAAGACACUCCGAAGAAACCAUUUGUAGGAAGUUGGGUUAAAGGCUUAUUAAGCAAAGGUGCUUCUUUUAUGCCACCUUGUGUUUCGGCUCGUAAUAGGAACACUGUAACUGAUUUGCAGCCUUCGGUUAAGGGGGCAAGUAAUUUUGGUGGCUUUAAAACUAAAGGUGUGAACCAAAAGGCUACCCGGGCAUCCAGGAAAGCUAAUAGGUGUGCAAGGAAGCCUCCUACGGUUAGCACCCCGCCACCAAGUCAUCCACUGCCUGGUGGCACGACUUCUCAUGUUCAUGCUAAUGUUACUGCUGAUUCAGAUGUUCUGAAGAAAUGUGAAAACGCCCCCUACGGAGCUCACCGCAGUCACAGUUCCUGUGUCAAAGAACAUGGUGUUUCUUCUGCAAACCAUGGAGACUCAGUUGAGGGUCAGAUUCAUAAACUUCGUCUCAAACUUCUUAAAAAACUUAAGGCAAAGAAGAAGAAAUUAGCUGCUCUUAUGUCUUCCCCCCAAAACGGAGCGCUUCCAAGUGAAAAUUUAGAACACGUGUCCCAUUGUGGGUCUCCAAACGAUUGUGACUCGAUAGAAGACUUGUUAAAAGAACUACAGUAUCAGAUCGAUACCGCUGAGAAUAAAUCUGGAUGCACCACGGUUCCAUACAGUGGUCAAAGUCAUGAAGAAAUUUUGGCAGAACUGUUGUCUCCUACAGCUGUUGUCUCAACAGAGCACUCGGCAAAUGGGGAGGCUGAUUUCAGGUAUUUAGAAAUGGGAGAUGACCACGUCGCAGCACCAGUGCCUACUGAGUUAGAUGACAUUCCCCAAAAUACACACCUGAGACAGGACCAUAAUUACUGUAGCCCCACCAAGAAGAAUCCGUGUGAAGUUCAGCCAGACUCACUGACAAAUAAUGCCUGCGUUAGGACAUUGAACUUGGAAAGUUCCAUGAAGACUGAUAUUUUUGAUGAGUUUUUUUCCACUUCAACGUUAAAUUCUUUAGCAAAUGACACAUUAGACUUACCUCAUUUUGAUGAAUAUCUGUUUGAGAGUUGUUGAUUGCAUGCUAUCUUUUUUUAGUUUGAUAUUUAUUAUGGCUCUUGGAAAACUCAAUAUGUUAUUAAGUAGUAUUUAUACACUGGCCUUGUCAUGAACAAAAUGUAAGCUACGUGAGGUUUUACCUUUGGUUCUACCCACAAAGCAUGUAAUCUGUUUUACAAAUUAAAAUGAUCAGGAAUUGG